GAAAACAAUUUAAAAAAUUAGAAAACAUAAUGGUCAUGGUUUGAUCAUGCAUAAAUCCUUCGAAAAAACAAGGUGUAGUAAGAAGCGUUUCAAAUUUGAGUUGAAAAUUUGUUCUGUGGUGAUUUUAAAGUUGUUUUUGAGUUAAAAAUGGUGCGCGUUUCGCUUGGAUUUAGUAAAGGAUUGUUAGCGUUUUUUAAUUUUUUGUUGUUGGCAUGUGGUUGUACAUUAAUAUCAGGAGGAUUAUUAGUUUUAUUCGACCCUGAAAGAGUUUUACUUUCACGACUUUUAUCAAGCGGAACGUUAACAACAUUAUCACACCCUUUACUUUACUAUUUAGGACUAGGAUUAGUCGUUUUGGGUUUAAUAUUAUCAGGAACUGGUCUUUUGGGAUGUUGGGCUUCGUGUUUAAUCAGCUAUUCAAUUUUAACCGUGUACUUUCUGUUUAUUAUCGUCGUCUUGGUUGGAGAAUGUGGAAUCUAUGCCAUAGCUUGGGCAUGGCCUCAAUGUUUAGGCUUGGGAAUGAUCCCGGAAGAACUUACGAAAUCGUUACAAAGAAGUUAUGGCGUUGCUGGGCAAGAACAAUUUACCGCAGCGAUCGAUUUAGCUCAAACAUUAUUUAAAUGUUGUGGAAUUCAAUCGUCGAUUGAAUAUGAAACGUCAGUUUGGAGAUUACAAUCAUUAGGACCAUCGUUAAACGUUCCAUUAACAUGUUGUAAAUUGGAAAAUACUGAAAAUAUUUACGCGUAUUUAAACCCGAAACCACUUAACGGUACUUUGUGUCAAUUUUUAGAUAAAGAUUUACAACAAGGAUUCCGACAUUUUCCGGGUUGUUCCGAACAUUUAGAACACUGGUACAAAGAACAAUAUAUAAUAUUUUUAGGUGUAGGCUUAAUCGUAGUUUUAAUUGAAUUCACAGUGCUUUUAUGCACGAUUUUAGCUUGCACCAAAAUAUACAAAUCGAAACACGCUAAACACCAAAAUGAAACCAAAGAAGAAUCGAAUACUUUAAAAUCGUUAAACCGUUGCAAAGAUGAUGAUAGUUUAAAGAAUUCUUUAGCCUAUACAAACGAUGUUUAUACUUUAAGCAGUAGUUUUCGACAAAAUUAUAAAACCGUAGAUCGAGCAUGAUGGUUAUUUGAUGGCGUAUCGCCCUAUGAUUUAAAUUAUACAUUUGACGACGAAGCUAAUUCUAUGUUAUGGUAAUAAAGUCUUUUUUAUAAGAGAAA